AUGUCUGAGAACUAUGAAACUAUACCGGUUAACCCAGAAAAUGGGAAGAACAAUCAGAGUAAUAAAAAGGAAGAAUCUUGGGGCUACGAUUUAUAUCCCGAAAGACGGGGAACAUUUAAGCCAACAGUCACUAAUAUAUUAUUAGGUAGAGAGGGAAAAGAAACUAUUGAAAAGAUGAAAUGUGAAAAGAAUGUCUACAAGUGUUUUAAAGAGAGCCCAAUGGUAAAGGUAAUGUUGGCAGCACUCAGAAGCUCUGGUUGCCCAAUUGAUAUAAGAAGACAUAUUUCUUGUGAAGUGUGUGACUAUUCAGUAAGUGGAGGAUAUGAUCCACAGUUAAAUCAGAUUGUUGUAUGCCAAAAUGUUUCAACUAGAAAAGGUAUGGUGCAAGGUGUGCUGACUCAUGAGAUGAUCCACAUGUUUGAUUAUUGUCGCAAUCAAUUAGACUUUAGAAAUAUGGAACAUUUAGCUUGUACAGAAAUCAGAGCUGCUAAUCUUACACAUUGCUCCUUUGUAAGUGCCUGGUCCCAAGGUGAUGCCUCUUUUACAAAAAUAAAGAAAGCUCAUGAGGAUUGUGUUAAAACCAAAGCACUAUAUUCAGUACUAGCCGUUCGUCAGAUAGGAAAGCAAGAAGCUGUUGAUAUUAUAGAAAAAGUAUUUCCGAAAUGUUAUAAUGAUUUAGAGCCUAUUGGCAGAAGAAUAAGACGAGGUUCUGAGGACAUGUAUAGAGCCUACAGAGAAGCAUCUUACUAUGGCUAUGAU